AUGGCCGGCCCCGCGCGUCCCGGCUUCCCCGCGCGCACCAACGGCCGCCUGGACACCUUCCUGCGGCGGCACCUGCCGCCCGAGGUCUACGAUGCUGUCCGCGCCUACGAGCCCUGCAUCGUGGUGUCCGACUCGGAGAACCACACCUUCAAGUACGUGGUGCUGAGCGACCGGCUCGUCUACCUGACGGAGAACCCACCCAAGUCCAUCCAGCGCGUCGUGGCGCUGCGGGACGUCGUGGCCAUCGACCUGAUUGAUGAUUACCCAGAAUUUUUGAGUUCACCAGUUAGAGAAAUCAACCAACACAUCCGUAUCAUCUGUUCCUCAGCUGUGUUGAAAAAAGACUGUGGGAAGUCAAAAGGAGCCAGGAGGCUCCUGUUCCCGUUUCACUAUGCCAAAGCCAAGAGAAAAGUCAAGGAAGAGAAUAACGGUCCUGCCCUUUGGACAGGCAAAGAGCCCAGAAAUCUAAAAGAAUCCUCUCUCAGGUACCACCCAGAGAGCGGCACACCCUCCAAGGACUCUGCUGUCCCUCGUCCUUCAGACCUCAAGGAGCUGUCUCCUCCAGGGCAGGGUGCCACUCGGCCCCUGCCUACCCCCUCCAGGAGGAGCUGCCACUCCAUACCCGCUACUGGCCAGGCCGUCAGAGAGCCAUCUUGCCCCACAAACACAAAAGAACCCCAGGGACUUCCAGAUCACAAAGACUCCUUAAGUGAAAUUCCUUUUAAGUGCAGUGGGAGCAGAAAUGAGUUUUACUUAGGAAAUCCCCUCCGACCUCCCCCUUUACAGAGCGACUCAAACCCGGAGAGAAAGGAGUCGGAACUUCAUCUGUAUGUUAUUUCCACAACCUCUUCAAUAUUUCUGCUCUUAAAAAGUUCGUGGAAAAAUUAUAUUAUAAAAGCUACUCUUUUACAAGACCCCUUGUAUGCUAGUGAGUUCAGUUCUGCUGCUGCGUGUCAGAAGCCAUACAGGUCCGAGGAGAAAAUUAAGCACUUCAGUCAACUUAAAUCUGAACUUUUUCUUAAAGACAAUACUUUAAAGAAGAUGCUUCAUUUAAUCACAGAACUUAAAGUAGCAGCCCAGAAAAACUUCAUUCUGAAAAGGCUUUUCUGGAAAACCAGUGACCUUUUCAGUUUCCUAGUGAACAAACUGCACGAGUACUUGCCGGAAUCUAGGGAUAGGAACGCACUUCAAAGUCAAGGACAGCGGGCCGAUGAGCUGGUGGCAUGCAUUGAAAUUAUUCAGACCCUAGGACUGAUGUUCAGAGAAACAGAAUCUGAGUCAUCACGGCUGAACACACUGGCCGCCAAAAAGGGAACACUAUUUAAUCUCUUGGCAAUUUUAAUUAGUGAGCCUCAGAUUCCAAAAUCUUAUCCUGUGUUUGAUAUGCAGUUGGCGGCCGAUUCAACUUUGGUUGAAAUGUCUUUUGAUGCUAAGUUACAGAAGCUUAUCCUGGAAUACACAGACACAGCCACCGCACUUGUAUAUGAGAUCCUUCUUGUGUCUCAGCAGGGGAACCUUGGAUUGGGUUCCACAGAGUUUGCUAUCAGCUGGGUGAUGUCCUUUCUGCAAAGCUGUCCUCCCACUAUCACUUUUGUGGCCAAUAUUGUGAGACAAGUGGUGAAGGGGCUCUCAGCCCCAGAGCAGCAGCUGAGUCCCCGCCAGGCCGUCCUGUUGUACCAGCAGCUUUCCAUCCUCAGGAGCUGCCUGCAGCACAGCUGGACGCUGGGUGAGCACAUCAGGACUGACCACAGAGAGGAGUUCAGGUACUUUAUUCACAUGCCAGCCUUGGAAAAGAGGCUCCCCGCAUGUUACCCUAUUACUCAGUCUACCACACAACUGUUCCGUGAAGUUCUGAAACUGGUUGAGCAGAAACAACAUGUUAAAUGUUAA